UCUCGAUUUUAGCAGACGGCCAUAAUACUGAGGUAUUACAUUGUUUUUUAGCAUUUCUUUUUUAAUUUAAGGAUCUAUAACAACACACUUUAAAUCACACCAUUCAAAUGAGUCGCAAUCGAACAAUUAUAAAAAAUCCAACGCGGGAGACUGAAAGAUCCUAAAAUAAAACAGCAUAGAUGUCCCCAGAUCGUAUCAGACUAACAGCUCAGUUUCAGAUAAAGUCUUAAACUGUUUACACACCCUAAUUUAGUGUUAUCAAACAAAAUUUACAUAUUCGUAUCGCGUAAAAAAAAUGGAUACAAGAGUCGGUGACGGCACCCGCGAGAGGUCUAGAAGGCCCAUCAGAACCAAGAGAUACACCAGAAGAGGCUACGGCGAAGACAAAAGGCCGCCGAAGAGGCUUUUCACACCGGAAAUUAAACGAUUUCUCAAAGACUGGCUCGUUAGGAGGCGCGAAAAUCCAUAUCCUAACAGGGAUGAGAAGAAGAAUUUGGCUGUGCAGACAGGACUUACGUACAUUCAGGUAUGCAACUGGUUCGCCAACUGGCGCCGCAAACUCAAAAAUGCGGGCAAAGAGCCCCAGCGCAAAACCUGGGGCGACCUGAUAAAAUCCUACAAUAGUCAGGUUCAAGGAAACGUGGAACAUUUCAGUAUCUGCUCCGACGACAGUAUCUGGGAAGAACCCGACGACAGCGAACACUACGACAAAUUUGAAGAAAUUUCAACUCAACCAGAUCAUAGCUACACGACGUUUACUGAACAACCUAAUAACAAUAACAUCCAAAGUCAAUGUUACUUCAUCAAUUCAGUUACGGAAAACAACGAAGUAGAACCAAACCCUUUCAGUCAAUCGGCCAAGUACAAAAAUCACAUCAUGGAAAAAUAUCUGCGCGAUUGCCAAAAACCGGAAAACAAUGCAAGUACUGAGGACGAUAUGACGAAACCUUCGAUGAUCUCCAAAUGGUUAGAGAGUGCUGUGAAUUUUAGGCCAAGUGAGGAUAAUUAUCUGCACUGGACGUUCGCCACGAAUCAGAAAAAGAAAAAGAAGAGCGCACCGAAUUCUGCAACCAAUCAGGUAUACCAGAUUCACGGAAGGGAGGAGCUCGAUGCUGCCGAAGCGCUUACUCGAUUGGCUAAUUCGAGAUCUUUCAAAGCGUGACCAAUGAGAAGAGAAGACUGCUUCAGGUUUGAUGCGGCUUUUUUGGUACAUGCUGUAUAUGUACGAAAUUCCAAACGUUGCUCAUAUUUCAUAAUGUCAAACCAAUGAUGUUUUCAAAUGCGUCGUUUGUACAUAUUACUUAAAUUUUGGGGUACUGGUUGGUUAUUCUAACACUAAGAGGUUGAAAAUCAACACAUCAGAUUCCUAAUGUAAGAUUCCUAUUUACGCUAACACACUGUUGUGCUGUGAUUUUUUCCUAACAAUGUUUUACCUUUUAUGAGAAUGUUUACAACGUUUCUAACCCAUUUUCAAAUGUU